AUGCUGGCCGACAGCCUCGUGGAGGAGUUCGAGAUCCGCGAGGAUGAGCCCUGGUACGACCAGCAGGACCUGCAGCAAGACCUCCACCUCGCUGCUGAGCUUGGGAAGACRCUACUAGAUCGUAACACGGAGCUAGAAGAAUCUUUACAGCAAAUGUAUGCAACGAAUCAAGAGCAACUGCAGGAGAUAGAGUACCUCACAAAGCAAGUGGAUCUCUUGCGUCAGAUGAAUGAUCAGCAUGCAAAGGUAUACGAACAGCUGGAUGUCACUGCAAGAGAACUGGAGGACACAAAUCAAAAACUAGUUGCAGAGAGCAAAGCAUCACAACAAAAGAUACUAAGCUUGACAGAGACAAUUGAAAGUCUACAAACACACAUAGAUGACCUGCAAAGACAAGUAGAAGAACUUAAGAAGUCUGGACGAGCCCGGACGAGCCAUGAGAGAUCGGACCAGCCAAGAUCAAUGCAUAGUUUCUCAUGUUUGAAGGAGCUCUAUGACCUUCGCCAGUAUUUUGUUUAUGAUCAUGUGUUUGCAGAAAAAAUUACUUCAAUGGAUAAUCAGCUAAGCCCUCUAGAAGAAGAAAAUGAGAGUUUAAAAAAAGCAGUGACAGUUUUGCAAGCCCAACUCAGCCUAGAGAAAGAGAAGAGGGUAACAAUGGAAGAGGAAUACAGUCUCGUGGUAAAAGAAAACUGUGACCUUGAACAGAGGCUAGUUGACAUAGACUUAUAUCGGGCUCGUGCAGAGGAGCUGGAAGUGGAAGUUGCUGAAAUGCGACAAAUACUUCAGUCUGAAAACACCUUCCAUAAUGCAGAGAAAUUGGUGCCAGAAUCCUUUUUUAUAUCUUUCAAAGAAUCCUUAGAAAGGGAGCUUGGUCAGAGCCCUGUGGAUGAUGGACUUCUGAGUGUCUCGGAGCUUGACAAGAAGGCCCUGAAAAGGAGCAACAGUGAAACUUUCCUGAGCAGUGCUGCAGGAGGAGACAUUCUGAGGGGCCACGAGGAAACCUGUAUCAGGAGAGCUGAGGCUGUGAAGCAGCGAGGCAUCUCUGUACUCAAUGAAGUUGAUGCCCAGUAUAAUGCUCUGAAGGUGAAAUAUGAGGAACUUUUGAAGAGGUGUCAGCUGGACGAAGACUCUGUGAAACACAAGGCUGUGCAAACACUGAAGCAGUAUUCCAAAGACCUUAACGUGGCGAACACCCAGUACGAUCUUGCCGCUAGCAAUCAAGAAGUUACCAGUGUGGAACUCAGUGACUCUCCCACAAAUGCCCUUCCUGAAUAUAAAGCGCUCUUCAAGGAAAUUUUUAGCUGUAUCAAAAAAACAAAAGAAGAAAUUGAUGAACACAGAGCUAAGUACAAGUCUCUCUCUUCUCAGCCAUAACACYGUAUGUGCUGAUGACCCAUUCUCUGUAGAUGACUAAAUUUGUUAUCAAAAAGGGGAGAAAAAACUUCACCAAUGUCACAAGCUCCCUUAUUGAUUGUAUUUUCGAACACUCAAACUGAAUGUUUUGGUUUGUAAAUAUGUAGUUAAUAAGCUCAUUAUUUAAGGGCUAGUCACUCUAUACCUAUGUAACAGUAGAUUUAAUGUUUAGCAUGACCCACAAGCUAAAGAUUGUAAAGCAAACCAACAUCAUAGCUUUAUUUUCAUACUAGACUUAAUCUCUGGCCACAGCAGUAACUGAUUAUCUUAUUCAGUCCACUUCAGAAAAUGACAGAUCUAAGAAAUCUGUCCUGUUCCUCUCACAAGAAAUUGGACUAAAGCUUUCAGUCACAGGUGAUGCCCUUGUAAGUUGGUGUAGAAAAUAAACAAAAAUGGCCCCCCAGAACACUAUUACAGGCAGCCUCUCCUUGAUUUUUGAGUAUGAAGUUAGCGGUCUAAGUCUAGCUGAGCUUGCGUUGACAGAGAGGGUGAGAGCUGGUGCAGCACCCUGUGCUGUGCCCAGGUUAAGCUGAUACCACAUAUGCACAUGCACUGAGCUCUCCCAUGGGUUAUUAUAGAUGUCUUCCUACUAAGAAAAGGAUUUGAUGUGAAGCUUGUGUGAUUCUUUAGAUAUGGUUUGUUAUUUAGGGCACUUUGUCUUAAGGCAAGAUACUGUGAAUUGAUUCUGUAUGUUAYCUGGGAUUAAUUGUUCUCUUUUGGUGGUAUACCUGCAAAGUACAGUGGUGGUUUUGUGUAUUUGGUAAGAUAGAAAGAUGGAAUUUAGCUAUUUAACUUUAGCAGUAGUGUUGACAGAGUAGAAUAGCUUUUUAGCUUACAUACCACAGACUCCAAGUGCUUAAAGGUGAUAGGUAGGGUAGAGCUUUAUGAUGGUCUGUGCGUGGCUGCAGCUUGAGCUGCUGUAGCCCUGGCACGUGCUGUUUGGGGAAGAGGCUGCCCCGACUCUGCCAGGACAAACCCUGCUGCAACAGGGGCCUGCUAUCGUUCUUCUCCUCUACUCACUAGUAAUACCCUGUAGGAAUUCAAAUUCUGAAAAACAAAGAAUGUAGAGAAGUGGUUUCUUUAAAAUGGUUUAAAAUAUGGAAAAGAAAGGCCAGGAGAUUAAGGAAGGGAGGCACCCAGAAAGGUGACAUCCCUCUUACAAUGGUCUCCUAACUCAAUUUUGUCAGCUGUUGAGGGAAAGCGACUUACUGCUUGUCUGCUUGAGUUGCUGCAAUGUACUAGACAGUUGACACGGUGUUGACAACUUCUCAGCUUUAGUUCAACUGCUGCUAUUACAGUUUUGUCUGCCUUAUGUACACUGUUGAGCUUUGUACAGUUGUCCUUCAGUUGCAGUAUUAAGACUUCGUGUUGUGAAAAUUUACCAAAACAUGUAUUGCAUUCUAAAAAUCUAUUUAAAAAUGGGAAUUGAUUCUGUGAGUGUAUUAUUUUCUAAGCAAAUAAGUAAUCCAGUCAAGCUACUAAUGUGUAGGCUACUAAUUAUGCAUUAUCUAUGCAGAUCAGGAAAGAGUAGACUUGGUGCAGAUGGCACCUUCAUUAUCUACAGUUGCCAUCUCUCCCAGCUAGCUCAGAUAGAGUUCCCAUUAAAUUUGUAUUUUAAAAGUUACACUAAAUGGGAAAGGAUAGGCUCCCUGGUGUAGAAAGCUAGAGGGAACUAACUACUUUCUCCUUUUGGGGUGUUAGGAUAGUUCUUGGUGUAUGUUUUUCUUUCUUAAGUUUUCCAGUGYCCCCGGGUUAGGUAUGGAGGCAGUGGAUCCUCCUCACCUGCAGCUGGACUUCUGCCCCAGCUCRGAGCCUGCAGAGCAGGGACCCUCCAUGAAAGCUGCGAUCCUGGUAGUCACCAGCUCUCUAUUACUAUGUUUAAGAGGAUGGAGAUCCGAGCCUGUUGUACCAGAAGAUAGGUGCAUGCAAUUAAAGAUUGCAGAAUAAAUGCUGGAUCUUCAGUGGCUUAAUACUGUUGAUGAAUUUACUGCAUUUUUUAUGUAUACAGCUUUUGCCUUUUUAAAGUAUUCAAACUGUUCUCAGAUUUCCUUAGAAGCACUUGAUUUUCUUGUAAUAUAACUUGCCAGCUGUGCAAUGGCUAAGUUCCAGCUUUAACACUUUUUAACACUUACCUGUAUAUGUCAUGCACUAGAACAAGCCCAAGGUUGAGUUCCUCCCUAAACUCUGAGUGUGGCUGUGCCAGGGUGCAAGCUUUCUGUGCACAGCUGUAGAGAGCUGGGUGGCCCCUCAGCUGUGCUGGGCAAGUCCCCGCCCUGGGGCCAUGGAGCAAACCAGGACAAGGGCAGCAAAGGCUGCCUGAACUUCACCCCUCCCACUUGCACUGCUGUAGCAACUGAACUGCUGUAGAGCAUUAGCAAGCAAGUUAGAGGUUUAGCUGUUUAAACACUGAGUACAUCUCUCACAGGAAGUGUGAAAUGCUAUUAAGAACAGCAGCAAUCCAUAUUCUUUGCCAAUCUUAUGUAACUUAGCUACCUUAAUUCCCUUAUUUCAGUCAACAAUUCCAUUCAGCCUCUUCUGAAAAUAAACAGAAGGUAGUAGAAUCUAUUAUAGCUUCUCUCAUAUGAUUGAAAAUAUACUCAGCAAAACCCAUGAGCUGUGGAGUAACUCUGUCCUACAAUUAUUACAAUAUUUGAUUCCUUACCGUAUUAUAACUGAACUUAUAAAAUGACAACCUUCUCAGAUAAGAAAAACAAUAUUACUAUACUUUAUGCAACAGGUCCCUAUUGAGAUAACCAUUUCUAGGCACCUCCAAAAAAAUUAUAUAAGCAGAAUAAUUUAAAAUAAAACAGUUUAAGAGGUGGCUUAUUCUGUACUGUACCUCUACUACAUCUUUCCUGAGCUGUCCUUCCAUUACAAGCCUCCUUGCUGAAGGGCUAGGACAGCUUU